AUGAGCCAGUCCAGAUUUCACAGGAAGUUCCAACUUCAGGAGUUAGAGGAGAUUCGGUUGGAAGCCUAUGAGAACUCCCGCAUGUACAAAGAAAAGACAAAACUCAUUCAUGAUAAGAUGUUGCUGCGGAAGGAAUUCUCCAUAGGCCAGAAAAUGCUUCUCUACAAUUCUCGCCUCAAGCUCUUUUCAGAGAUUUUAGAGCUUGGAACAGAUAAAGUAUUCACAGUGAAUGGCCACCGUUUGAAGCCUUUUCAUGAAGACACACCCUUGGAGACCAUUGAGGAGGUUCGCUUGUUAGCGGCCACUUAUGCUUGA